AUGCGGCUGCUGCGUGGGGCUGUCUUCGCUUCCCUUGCGGCUCUGCCGUUGGCUUUUGCCCAACAAGAGUCUUCUGCUGCUGCUGCUUCUGCUCUGUCUGCGUUACCGGAAUGUGCUGCAAAUUGUUUCGUGUCGGCCGUUGAGCGAUCGACAUGUGAACUUACAGACCAGAAGUGCAUGUGCACCAACACCGCACUACAACAAGACAUUGAAGGCUGCGUCAUGCGCGCAUGUACAAUUCCACAGUCUCUCGUCACGAAAAAUGCCACUCUCACAGCAUGUGGCGCUCCUAUCAGAGACCACUCACCCCAAUUCAUAGUCCUCAAUGAAGUCAUGGCCAUUAUAACAGGAAUCUUCAUCGUCCAACGCUUCGGCACAAAGCUCUACUGGAAGCUCCCUCUCGGCCUUGAUGAUCUCUUCAUUGUACUGACAAUGUGUGUCGCCAUUCCUUCCAUCGUCAUCAACUCUCGUGGUCUCGCUCCCAACGGCAUGGGUCGCGACAUCUGGACCGUCACACCUGAUCAGAUCACCUCGUUCGGAAUGUUCUUCUACACCAUGGCCAUCCUGUACUUCUCACUACAAACGUUUCUGAAGCUGUCAAUGCUGUUCUUCUACCUGAGAAUCUUUCCGACGCAGAAUGUCAGGAGGUUGCUUUGGGGAACUGUUGCCUUUACGGUUGUCUUUGGGCUUGUAUUUAUCUUCGUGGCCAUCUUCCAGUGCCGGCCUAUCAACUACUUCUGGCUGAAGUGGGAUGGACAACAUGAGGGCAAAUGUGCCGAUAUCAACGCGGUCACUUGGUCGAAUGCCGCUAUCAACAUCGCCCUUGACUUUUGGAUCCUUGCCAUUCCCUUAUCUCAACUCAAGUCACUCAACUUGGAUUGGCGAAAGAAGAUCGGUGUUGGCAUGAUGUUCAGCGUCGGUAUCUUUGUCACAAUCAUGAGUAUUCUGCGCCUUCACGCCACAGUCCAAGCCGGCGUCAAAACUACCAACGCAACAUGGGAAUACCUCGCUGUAUCAAAAUGGUCCACCAUCGAAGGCAACGUUGGUAUCAUCUGCGCAUGCAUGCCGUCCCUCCGAAUCUUGCUCGUCCGCCUAUUCCCUAAGAUUCUGGGUACUUCCCAACGCUACUACAACUAUGGCAGCAAGAGCAACAAGCAAACACCUGGCAAUACUCACAACCGCAGUGUUCCGCUUGGAACAAAUGCCACUUCUCAAGCGGAUCGAUCACAAAGGCGGGUCGAUCCUGUAGGCAUUGAAUGUCACAGGACAUAUGAGGUGGAAUAUGGAGACAAUGAUGAAACAUACUUGGUUCAUAUGAAGGAUAUGGAUCAUAAGAGUGCGAGGUCAGAGGUCAGGUCGGAAACGUCUCUUUAA